GAAGGAGAUGGCUGUAGUAUUGAAUUCAAGACCACAGGUUGCUGGAUUCUCUGCCAGUUUUCUGCAGGUCCAGCUCUUUACCUACUGUCUCAUCAUGCAGUCUCUAUUAAUAACAUCUGUAGAGACCAUUAACUGCUCUGAACCUACUACAGAGGCUCUCUUAACUUCCCUGAGAGCGAGUGUUUUUGGAAAAACUGAAGUGAGGCCGGUUUUCAACCUUAAAACUCCCACCAACAUAAGUUUGAGCUUCACUAUGUAUGGGAUUUUAGGUGUGGAUGAAAAAGCACAGGUACUUAACACUUUCCUCUGGAUCUCUUUGUUUUGGAAUAUUGAAGGUUUGAGCUGGGAUCCUGUUGAAUGCGGGACAGACAGAAUUUCACUGCCAAGAAAAAAGCUAUGGUCGCCUGAUAUUGUCAUUAAUGAAUUCAUGGAUGAAAAUAGAGCCCCGGACACAAAUUAUGUCUACGUCUAUCAUAACGGUCAGGUUAUGGAUGGUAUUCCAUUUCAUGUGAUCAGUUCUUGUAAUCUGGACAUCUACACCUUUCCAUUCGAUAUUCAGAACUGCACUUUCACUUUCAAUUCGUACCAGCACACUGUGAGUGAUAUUCGGUUGUACUUUCAAGAACCAGUGAAGAACACACUCCAAAGUUCUCUAAAUAUGAUGACAACAAAAGGAGAAUGGGAGCUAGUUGACAUGCUAGCUGAAAAACCAGAGAUACCUCUCCAGGCUGAUAAUAACUCAUGGGAUACACUUAUUUACCACAUCGUCCUCAGGCGUCGGGCCACUUUGUACAUUGUGAAUCUCCUGAUUCCCAGCUGCUUCCUCAUUACUGUAGAUCUGUUCAGCUUUCUUCUGCCACCUAAGAAUGUGGACCGUUCUGCCUUCAAGAUGACCCUCAUCCUGGGAUACACUGUGUUCCUGCUGCUAAUGAAUGAUCUGCUGCCCGUCACAGGAAACACCUUACCUCUCAUAAAUGCCUUUUUUUCUCUCUGUCUGGCACUGAUGGUGGCCAGUCUACUGGAGACAAUUGUCAUCACAAAUAUUCUGUGUUGCUCCAGUCACUAUUUGCCAUUACCUCAGUGGGUCAAGGUCAUUUUCCUCAACUAUUUAGCCAGACUUGUUUUUUUAAGCAAGGAACCCAGUGAUCAAAACUGUGAAGGUGAGUCUUAG